AUGUCUUCCAUUAGGCAGAGAGCUGCUCAGUUUGCUGGAAUGUUCAGCAGUCCAAAGUCUCCCGAUGAGCUUCCCUGGGACGCUGAGAAUACAAAACUUCCUCUCCGCAAGGACCUGCCAAAAGUUCCAGGUGCUCCUGAGGGUGCAGCUUGGGUUUGGGGCAAAAAUGACAACAUUGGUAGAUUGAAUCUGCUUACUCCAUCCCGGGUCAAGGCUGCAGCCGACGAGAUCAGGACAGGGGAGGUUGUUCCUCUCAACCUUCCGUUGAACGUUCCAGAACAGCCAGGAUUUGGCCGCGAGAAAUUCGUCCACUCGAUAAAGACCCUGAUUCCAGGAAUUGCUUAUGACGACAAUUAUCAGCUCAACACGCAGAGUGGAACCCAGUGGGACGGCUUCAGACACUUUGCUCACAUCUCAUCCCAAACAUUCUACAACGGGACUAAACCAGAUGACAUUUUGGGCCCUGGCGCCAACCACAAGUGCAGUAUUCACCACUGGGCCGAACGUGGCAUCGCUGGCCGCGGUGUCCUCCUCGACUACCGCUCGUAUGCCACGGCCAACGGCAUCGAUUACGACCCUUACUCUCCGCACGCCAUCACCUUCGAAGAGCUCCAGAAAUGCGGCAAAGCCCAGGGCAUUGAUAUUCGCCCCGAAUCACAAGGCGGGGACAUCAAAGUCGGCGAUCUCCUCUUGAUCCGUUCUGGGUUUGUGGAAGCUUACUACAAACGCAGCCCCGAGGAGCGCACAAGGCUCGCCCUGCGCGGACAUAGUUCGGGCGAUGACAAGACUGAGUCAGGUGAGGAGGAGGAGUAUGCGGGAGUGGCGCAAGAGGAGGCCGUGCUUGACUGGUUGCAUGACUGUUAUUUUGCGGCCGUGGCUGGAGAUGCGCCUGCGUUCGAGCGCUGGCCCACAACUGCCAAGUACUACCUACACGAACACAUUCUAGCGCUGUGGGGAAUGCCGUUGGGUGAGAUGUGGAAUUUGGAGGCGCUGGCGAAGUGCCCCUGCAAAUGUAAAAGGUGGCGUGAGUUCCCACGCAAACGUAACCGCGAUCUUCUAAAUUGA